UUAAAAAAACCUUUCCCUCCCAUCUUGCCUAAAAAUUUCACAGUUUAUAUACAUGCACUAGCAAAACUUUCAUGUACUUUUAAAAUAAACAUUAAUCUAAAAUUAAACGCGUUUUAAGUUUUAUUCAAAACGUAAUAUUGGAUACGUUCAUUCAUGUAAAAUUUAGAUAUGCAGAUUCACUUUAUUCUAAAUGCAAUGUUUGAAAAGUUUCUAUUUUGCUGGAAGCAUAAAAUCAGUGCAGUAUUAAUGGCAUGUACAUCACUGAUACUGGGCAUAACAGGGACUAUAUACUUUUCCUUAAAAAAGUACCAUAUUACAGAGCCAACAUCUAUUGCUAGUAACUUCUUGGUAAUUUCCAUAUUCCAUAUCAUUGUCAGUUUAGUGCUUAUGUCUGGAAUCAUAUGGGAAAGUCCCAUUCUGAUUCUCGCGUACGAGUUUAUUCAUAUAUCAGUCCUAAUUAGCUUACUAGUUUUCGUAAUGGUCAGCAGUAAAAAGAAUUAUUUAUUUUGGAUUGUUUUGGCAAUCGCAUCAUAUGUUUUAGUUUAUUGGAUGCUUUGUAUUCACUUAUUCUAUAGGCAGCUUGGACUCAAAGUGAAAAGUUCAAUAAAGUAUGUCGACAGGGAUGUCUAUAGUGUAUGUAAUAAGUUGUAUGUCAAUAGAGAUGCUUGUAAAUUUUAAAUUUUUCAGAUUGUACUUGACAAAUUGACAAAAAUAGAGAUAUUUUUUACAA